UUAAAAGAUCAAGGUUAUCAAACGUUGGAAUAUAUGACGGAUUCUACUUUUGUUGUUGCAUGGAUAUCACCACGACAAGCUUUGCUGCUCAAGAAAUCAAAUGAGAUCUGUAUUGAUGCCACACACAAGACUUGCAAAUCUAUUAUCAAUGGUCGGGCUGAUGCGUAUCUGCUUUCUAUCGUUGCUAAGCAUACAGUUACUGGACAAGGUUACCCUCUUGCGUUAUGA